GGCUUAGUGUGCGCUCUUAUUGGUUCUUUUGCACAAGCUACUAGAAUUGACGGUACUUACGCUUGGCUAUAACUUGGCAAUAACUCGCAAGCGAAAAGUCAUCGUGAGGCGUGUAAGGUGAAAUUCCUUGUUUUGCCUAGCAGACUACGCAUGUGCGUAAUAACUGACAAAGCUGUUGUCUCCAUUCCAAUUAACCAUCACAGAAUGCCAAGAUAACUAGAGGAACUCCCAAUCUGACCCAGCAUGUUGGUACUUUUCACUGAUCCUGAGUGGACACAAAAACAAAUUUAUCGUGCGUCGACAACCCCGAGUAAAUAAGCAAAGGUUUAUCACGUGGUUGGACAUUGUAGAAGCAGAUUCUGACAUCCAGAAAUCAAGGUUAUAUUUCGCCAUUCUAAUAAUGAGUAGAAGUUUUUGUUUUAGUCCAUAUCUACCAUAUCAACCUCCUUCGCCACACACCACGAGACAUCCCUUAUCUUCCCUUGUCUAUUUCGGAUCCUUAGUCGAUAGUAGAAGAUGCUGUCCGACUUCCAUCUCCCCCUUAACCCCAUUGACAAGGUCAAUCAACCCCCUGUCCAUUAUCUCCAAGUCCAAGAUGGCCUCAUACUAUGCUCAGGCCUCUGCUGGACCACCGCGUACAUCCUCUAUAUCCGGCAAGCCUACCGCGAUAAAUCCUAUGGCAUGCCCCUUGUUUGCCUGUGCGCCAACAUAGCCUGGGAGUUUCUCUUCGGGGCCGCGAUCCCGGAAUCUGCCGCCCAGGUCGUCUCUUUCUUCCCAUGGUUCGUCAUCGAUAUUGGUAUCGUGUACACGACAUGGAAGUUCGGUCGCGAGCAAUGGAAACAUGCCCCGCUCGUGGCUCAGAAUCUUGGCUGGAUCUUGCUGGGUGGCAUCACCGGGAUGCUUGUCAUGUUCUGGGCUUUUCUCAAAACAUACGACAACCAGUACGAGGCCGGGUUCUACCUCGCCUGGACAGACCAGAUCAUAGUGAGCACCACUUCGGUGGCACAGUUGAUGUCUAGGAAUAACACAUCUGGUCACUCUUGGGGGAUCUGGUUUACUCGGUGGAUUGGAUCCGUUUUCGCGGAACUUAUUUUUGUCUGGCGAUAUUUGAAUUAUCCCGAAAGCUAUCCCGUGGCAGCUACACAUAUGACAAUCUUCUUAUUUGUUGUGACAGAGGUGGCGGAUCUAACCUAUCCAUUUGUCUAUGCGUCCCUGGAGAGAAAGGAGAAGAAAAAGUUGAAGUAAUAAUUAGGAGGGCGUUCUAGUGGAAGAUUCACUUAAGUCAAUGUAAUUUGGUAGUUGAGGAUUUAAAGAAUUACUGUAACAAUAGGUACUCAACUAGAUAUCCCCUGAAGCUCCGA